GUCUUUGACGUCAUGUUUCCGGAAUUGAAGCUAUCCGUUCAAGCUUAUUGUGCAUUAACCUUAGUGCCUUUAGUGCUCAUCUGUCAAAUAAGAAAUCUGAAGUACUUGGUGCCGUUCUCAGCGUUAGCCAAUUUGCUAAUUUUAUGCGUGUUUGGUAUUACUAUGUAUUUUAUCUUCACUGAUUUGCCACCUGUUAAGGAUAGAGAAAUGGUGACCAGUGUUACGCAGUGGCCGCUUUUUUUCAGCACAGUAAUAUUUGCCAUGGGAGGCAUUGGUGUGGUAAUGCCAAUAGAAAACGAGAUGAAGAAUCCUAAACGAUUCCUGGGUUGCCCCGGGGUGUCAAAUGUUGCUAUGGUUAUUAUAAUCUCCUUGUACGACGUUUUCGGCUUCUUUGGAUAUGUGCAGUACGGCGAUGAUGUGAAGGGAAGCAUUACUUUGAAUCUACCAGAGGACUAUAUCAUCGCCCAAAGUGCAAAACUUAUUAUGGCAAUAGUUAUGUUCCUAUCCUACGCCUUACAAAUGUAUGUGCCGAUGGAAAUGAUAAACCGAAUGCUACAAAAACGUAAAACACAAAGUUAUAACAACCUCAUCCAGGUGACUAUUAGAACAACUGCUAUGGUUACUUUAGUUGCCAUUGCAGCAGCGUUCCCGAACCUUGAGCUGGUCAUCAGUCUUGCUGGAGCCAUCUUCUUCUCGAUUCUCGGUCUUCUCUUUCCAGCCAUUAUCGACACGGUCUACCGUUGGGACAGAGGACUUGGCAAAUUUAACUACGUGUUAUGGAAGAACACUUUUAUCUGCAUAAUGUGUUUUAUUGUUUUGAUAUCGGGCACCUAUGUUUCUGUAGUAGCCAUGAUUGAAGAUUUUUCCAGUGAUGGCCACUAUAGUAGUUUGAAUGAAACUUUGACAUAA